CACCCUCCAGCAGGUGUGAGCAGAUAGAAGCAGUGCGACGGUCAAACAUGUUGAGCUCCUGGGUUCUGGCUGUGUUUUGUGUCUGCCUUGUCUUCCUCUUCAUCUGGAUUCAGAAGCCUAAAAACUUCCCUCCUGGACCCUGGCCCAUCCCUAUAUUCGGCAACCUGUUUCAACUCAACAUCAACAAUCCUCUGAAAGAUUUGGAGAGGUUAGCUAAGUGCUAUGGGAAAGUAUACAGCCUGUACUUCGGGAGAAGGCCAGCUGUUGUUCUUACUGGUUUAAAGGCGAUAAAAGAAGCUCUGGUGACCAAAUCUGCAGACUUUUCCGGACGUCCCGAAAACCUUCUGGUCAGCAAUGUCAUGGAAAAGAAAGGUGUUAUUAUGGCUGAUUAUGGUCCUGGAUGGAAGGAACACCGGCGCUUCGACAUCAUGACACUGAGAAACUUUGGCAUGGGCAAGCAGUCCAUGGAGAAAAGAAUCCUGGCCGAAAUUAAGCACAUGGUUGCGCGACUGGAAAAAAGUGUUGGAAGCACCAUGAAUCCUCAGACUCUGUUCCAUGAUGCAGCUUCAAAUAUCAUCUUCCUGGUUUUGAUUAGCACUCGUUACGACUAUGAGGAUCAAACCCUGAAAGAGUACAUUCGGCUGAUCACGAAACUGUCAAAGAUCGCCAAUGGACCUUGGGGAAUGAUUUAUGAUAUGCUUCCUUUCGUGAGAUAUCUGCCCCUUCCUUUUAAAAAGGCCUUUACAUAUUUAAAAAUAUUAAAGCAAAAGGCAGCAAACAUGAUAAACCAGCACAAAGAGACCAGAGUGCCAGGCCAGCCACGAGACUUUGUUGACUGCUACCUGGACGAGCUCGAUAAGAAGAAUGAAGGCUCUUCUUUUAGUGAGAUGCAGCUUGUGAUGCAUUUGCUUGACCUGCAUUUCGCUGGAACUGAUACCACCUCCAACACCCUCCUCACAGCUUUCCUCUAUCUCAUCACACAUCCAGAUAUUCAAGAGAAAUGCCAGCAGGAGAUUGACGAGGUUCUGGAGGGGAAAGAUCAUGCGUCAUUUGAAGAUAGACACAACAUGCCCUACACACAGGCUGUGAUCCAUGAGUCUCAACGCAUCGCCAACACCGUCCCUCUGAGCGUGUUUCACUCUACCACAAGAGAUACUGAACUGAUGGGCUACAGAAUUCCGGCGGGCACUCUGAUCAUCCCCAACCUCUCGUCGUUGCUGAGUGAAGAAGGCCAGUGGAAGUUUCCUCAUGAAUUUAACCCAUCAAACUUCCUGAGUGAACAGGGCCAAUUUAAAAAGCCUGAGGCCUUUAUGCCCUUUUCUGCUGGUCCUCGCACAUGUCUCGGUGAAGGUCUGGCUCGCAUGGAACUCUUCCUGGUCUUGGUCACUCUGUUGCGUCGCUUUCAGUUCACUUGGCCUGAAGAUGCAGGAGCACCAAACUUCACUCCUGUAUUUGGAAUUACACUUACGCCCAAACCUUACAAGAUGGGAGUCAAGCUGAGACAUCCGACUGAAGAAAAGCACAACUAGUCAAGAAAUAUCUGUAUACUGACCACAGUAUAUUUUCAAAAAUGUAUUAUUAUUUCAUAAUAAACAACACUUAAAAUAAAAACCCGUUAUCCUCGCUCUCAUUUGUCUUCCUUUGCUCAAUGCAAUUUUCAACAUUCAAUUAUUAUUCUUUACAAUGUUUCUUCUUACAUAACAAUCCUGUUCUUCCUCUGCACCAUAAUCACUAGUUUGACUCCUGAUAACGCUAAAGGGGUCCAAAACACGGUACUCUUCAUAUGUAAUUCUUUCUUAGAACCAUGGGUGGCGCUGCUGCGCUUUAUUCCUCGAAAAGCUCAAAUCUGUGUGUGUGUGGGGAACGUUUAGAAGGAAAUGUAUAAUUCAGUCAGAAUUUGAUCUUGAUUUCUGCACUCCAUCUCUGCAACAGGAACAAACUUGACCAUGUGACACAAAAUUGUAUUCAGCAGCAUGUUUAUUACAAACAAUCAUAAAUAAAAUCCAAUCCCCCCAAUCAUGUCUUCUUGGAGAGAAAUCAAAGGUACCCAUAUAGCAAAGAAAAAAUGAAUGUAGCCUUAUCAAGAUUGGUUGUAUCACAGCUGCCAUAGUCGGAAAUGCCCCAAAACCCCCUGAUCUGAAAACUUGGAUUGGUAGGAUAAUUAAAACUGCGUCAUAUGAGAGAGAACAUGUUGAGGAGCAUGCUGAGAGAGAAAUAAAA